AUGGAUCAGUGGACCGGCGUGCAUCGUGCCUUCAUUAUUAGAGCCUACUACAAGAGUAACGACUCAAUAACAAGCGCUCAGCGUCUGUUCAAGAAACAGUUCAGUAUCUACCAGGUUCCGCCCUCGAAUGUCAUCAAGUCCUGGCUGCGCCAUUUUGAGUGCACGGGAUCCUCGCAGGCGGGGGGAAGUGCAUGUCGUGGAUCGUUGCCGCAAAUCUUCUGCACCAUUUGCAAUCAUUGCUUGAGUAAUGAAAAGAACUUUGUUAGUUCCACAAAGUGAAAAAUAUUCCUACAUAGAAUAAUUAGGGAAAUUGAACAAGCAGGUUUUUUUUAUUAAUUAAAAGCAUGAAAACGCCAUCACUCUGAACUGUCACUCGGAUAUAUAAAUCAUGUGCUUGGCUCUGUUUAUUCAGUUGCCAGACGUUUGGCUGUUACGCCUGAGAACAAAUGCACGACCCAGUUGGCAGUUUGUGCACUUUUAAAUAAAAUGUAAAAUGCAAUUGAAUGCUUCAGUUUAUAUUACAUUAUUUGUUAGUUAUAAGCUACCAUAAGCAAUUGAAGUGCCUUAGCUUAUAAUAAACUAAAGCACUAAACACUAUUCAUGUUUUAAGGCCGUUA